UUGCGUAGUGUAGUGUACACAAACAGUCCCAAAUUUGCACUUGUACUAAAUCUCGUUCUUCCCUAAUGAAUUAACCGCGUUUCACCUUCUGCCACCAGCAAAACUCAAGUGAUUCUCUAAAUUUUUCGAUGAAGAUGAUCGAAAGCUAACAUGCAAAACUACGCCUCCCUGCAAGAGACCCACGAGCCAGACGAGGAGGGCGGCGUCCUGGUGCACGUCGCCGAGCCGUCUCGCGCCCGUUGGAACCACAUCGAAGAUCUCGACUCGUUUUUCUCCCGCAUGUACCAAUACCACCAACGCCACGGCUUAUACUGCAUGCUCCUCCAGGAGGUCCUCGAACUCAUCCAAUUCGUGUUCAUCGUCGUCCUCACCGCUUACGUUUUCCACGGAAUCAACUACCCAGUCCUCUUCAAAGACAUCCCCCCGCCGACCAACGCCACCAAAGUCACCCUCCACGACGUCGUCCUCCCGUUCGGCGACUGCGUCUCGAAUUUCAGCGCCCUCACCUGGAUCGCCCUCAUCAUCGCCAUCAUCGUCUGGAUCCUCAAACUCAUCCGGGGCGUCUACCACUUCUUCCACUUCUGGGACAUUAAGCAAUUCUACAACACGGCCUUGAAGAUCGAAGACGGGGAACUGGACAACCUGACCUGGCACGAGGUCCAGACGAAGGUGCGCACGGUCCAGAUCGAGCAGCAGAUGUGCAUCCACAAGCGGGAGCUUUCGGAACUGGACAUCUACCACCGGAUUUUGCGCCAGCAGAACUACCUGGUCGCCAUGGUCAAUAAAAGGCUGCUGCCGCCGCGUCUCAAAGUGCCAUUUCUGGGCGAGGUCGUGUACUGGACGUCGGGGCUGCGCCUCAACAUCCAGUUGUUGUUCUUCUGGUCGCCGUGGUCGCCCUUCGAGCACCCGUGGCACCUGCGCGAAGAAUACAAAAAGCCCAACUUGCGACACGAGCUAGCCAACCAAUUCGCCAAACACAUCCUCUGGCUGGCGUUGGCGAACCUUGUUUUCGCCCCGAUUAUUUUCCUGUGGCAGAUUUUGUACGCUUUCUUCAGUUACGCUGCUAUUAUACGCAAGGAACCGAGUUUGUUAGCCGUGAGGCGGUGGUCGCUUUACGGCCGUUUGUACUUGAGACACUUCAACGAGCUCGAGCACGAACUGCAGGCCAGGUUGACUAGGGCCCACCGACCGGCUUCCAAAUACCUGGCGGCUUUUACCUCACCUCUGGGGACGAUUAUUUCGGAAAAUAUCGGUUUUUACGCCACUUCGUUUCUCGCGGUUUUGGUCGGGUUGUCCAUCAUCGACGAGGAUGUUUUAACAGUGGAGCACGUCCUCACGAUUAUGACCGUUCUGACGGUCGCCGUGGCGCUUUUGCGGUCGUUGGCCCCCGACGAGACCACGUCGAGUGACCUGGAGGACUUGCUAACCAAAGUUGUCCUGCACACGCAUUAUUUGCCAACUGAUUGGGUCGGGCAGGCGCACACUGCCCGCGUCCGCAAGGAAUUUGAACAGUUGUUCCAAUACGGUUUCGUCAGUCUUUUGGAAACGAUUCUUUCGCCCCUGCUAACUCCAUACAUUCUGUGGCGUCACAUCCACCCACGUGCCAUCGAAAUCGUCGAUUUCUUCCGCAACUUCACCGUUUCGGUGGUUGGGGUUGGAGAUGUGUGCAGUUUCGCUCAGAUGGAUGUGCGCAAGCACGGGAACCCGGAGUGGCAUGAGGAGGAGAUCUCGGUCCCUGAUCAGUACUCGCAGUGCGAGGAUGGGAAAGUCGAGCUGAGUCUGGUCCACUUCAAGUGCACAAACCCGAGCUGGAAGCCGCCAGAUAGCGUGCAAGCUUUCGUCAAGAACGUGCAGAAUCAGAGCAGCAUGAUCGCCUCGUUGAGUAACCAGGACCCCACGAGGAUGGAGGAGAGUUUGGGGGCUUGGAGGAUUGGGGAGCCGUGCACGGAUGGGGCUAUGUUGCGAAGGAGCGCCGAAUAUCACACGAGUCGGAUGUGGACGAACGAGGGGAACUCGCCGAUGAGCAUAAGGGACAUGGCUUUAAACGCCACUUAUUUGCAUAGUAUACACAGUAAUAGGACUGAGAAUAGAGUGCGGAAUACUGCCCAAGAAACAACGCCUUUAUUGUCAAACCGUUGACUAGUCUAAAUUUUUUAUUAUCCUAACUUAAAUCUCGUAAGAAAUGUAAUAUAUUUAAGAUUGUUCACAAUAAAGUUUAUUUGUCUAUUA